AUGCCCCCGAGCCCCCGGUACCCCAAGAACCUGAACUCCCCGGUACCGUGGGACCCCGAAACCCCCGGUUCAGAGAACCCCCGAUACUCCGGAUACCCCGAACCCCCGGUACAGCGAACCUCCCGGCACCCACGGUACCCCCGGUACCGCGAAUCCCCAGCUACCCACGAUACCGCGACCCCCCCGGUACCCACGAUACCCCCGGAACCGCGAAUCCCCCGCUACCCACGAUACCCCCGAUACAGCGAACCUCCCGGUAUCCACGAUACCCCCGAUACCGCGAACCUCCCGGCACCCACGAUACCCCCGGUACCGCGAAUCCCCAGCUACCCACGAUACCGCGACCCCCCCAGUACCCACGAUACCCCCGACACCGCGACCCCCCCGGUACCCACGAUACCCCCGGAACCGCGAACCCCCCCCAUACCCCCGAUACCACGAACCCCCGCUACCGCGAACCCCCGCUACUCACGAUACCCCGAUACCGCGAAUCCCCGAUACCACGAACCCCUCGAUAACCUCGAACCCCCCGGUACAGCGAAUCCCCGAUACCACGAACCUCCGGUAGCACGAACCCCCCGAUAA